AUGCAUAUUCAGGAGCAACAGCUAAUUAAUGCAUCCUCCCUGUCACAGUUUCUACUCCUGGAAUUCUCAAAGGUUCGGGAACUGCAAAUUCUGUACUUCAUUGGAUUCCUUGUUUUCUACCUGGCAGCAGUUGCAGGAAACCUUCUUAUCAUCUCUGCAGUUGCCUUUGGCCACCACCUGAACACACCCAUGUACUUCUUUCUCAUGAACUUGGCCAUGCAGGAUGUGGGUCAGGUGUCAGUCAUUUUCCCCAAAGCCAUGGCAGAUGCCCUCAUGAACUGCAGACACAUUUCUUACUCUGGGUGUGUCACCCAAGUCCUCCUUUUUGUGUUCUUUUUAGCUUCUGAUUUCUUUCUUCUCACUGCCAUGGCUUAUGAUCGGUACAUUGCCAUUUGCAAUCCAUUACAUUAUGAUAUGUUAAUGAACAAGCAAUCUUGCAUUCACCUGGUUACCACCAUAUGGAUCAUCAGUUUUUGCUAUGGGGUGUUACACACUGGAGGCACCUUUGCAUCCCCUUUUUGCUCCAACGUUGUCAAUCAGUUUUUCUGUGAAAUCCCCCAGUUACUUAAGCUUGCCUGCUCAAAUUUGUACCUAACUGAAAUAGGAAUUCUCUUUGUAUCUGCUCUCAUUGUAUUAGGUUGCUUUAUUUUCAUCAUUGUGACUUAUGUGCACAUCUUCACUGCAGUGCUGAGGAUCCCCUCUGUGCAGGGAAGGCAGAAAGCUUUCUCAACUUGCCUUCCCCACCUCAUUGUAUUCUCCACAUUUAUACUCACAGGAUAUUUUGCAUACUAUAAGCCCACAUCUAAUUCUACUUCAGAUCUGGAUUUGGCAUUUACAAUGAUAUAUACCAUGGUCCCCCCCUUGAUGAAUCCCAUAAUCUACAGCAUGAGAAACAAGGAAAUAAAAUAUACUGUGUCAAAGCUGUUGGGAGUAAGAUACUUUUCUAGAUGUGCUUCAUCCAGUCUAGUUAUGCAAAGGUGA